AUGGAUUUGUUACAGCAACUUUUCCUCCCUUUUGAAUCGACCCAAAUUGCUCUUAUCCCUCUUGAAGGUUUGCAGCAACAAGACUCUCUGGUUUGGGCUGCAACACAGAAUGGUCUCUUCACUGUACGUUCUGCAUAUCAUUGCAUUCGGGAUUGGGAAGAACAGGGGGUGGCCUCCUCAUCUGAGAGCAGUAGUGAUGUAGCAUGGAAUCGUUUGUGGCAGCUGAAGAUUGCUCCAAGAUAUGCUCAUUUUGUAUGGAGAAUAAUUAAAGGUAUUGUGCCUACCAGACAGAAGCUUUGGAAUCGAGGAGUGCGGUGUCCAUUCUCAUGUCCUAGGUGCGUUCAAAUUUCCGAAUCAGUGGAGCAUGUUUUGCGAGAUUGCCCCUGGACUAGGUGUGUUUGGUUUGCUUCACCACUUGGAUUCACAUGGCCGUUGGAAGUGGAACAAAGUAUGAGUGCUUGGGCAUGUUCGUUGCAUCUCUCAGCGCCUACGGAAGUCGCUGAACUUUUUGCUGUGAUUUGCUAUCAUAUAUGGAAAGCCAGAAAUCUAUUAUGCUUUGAGGAGAAAGGGAGCUCUAUUCAAGGGGUCGUGGGAGCUGCGAUUGGGAACCUGUAUGAAUAUCAGCGUCUGCAACAGAUGAGUAGGGAGAAGAGGGAGCUGGGGUCUCGAGAUAAACCUCAGCAGCGGUGGCAGGUUCCGGUUCCAGGGAGUAUUACCAUCAACGUUGAUGCAGCAGGUAGAAAUGCUAAUAGGGUGGCACAUGAAUUAUCUAGAUUUUCUUUGGCUCAUGAUGAUAAUGAGUGGAUUGGUGUCACUCCCCAUUGUAUUCAAUAG